GCAUCAAUGGAGGCGAUCGUGAGCGGAGGGGUAUCGGGUGUGAUUUUCGCCGCUUUUUCCGGACAGCCAUUGAACAUCCUUUCGGCAACGGGUCCGACGCUGGAGGUUUACGAGUCACCAUGCUUUUGCCAUGUAAACGAAACGGAUGCGAGGCUUAACAUCACGAUCAGCAUGCGAUUGAAGGAUAUGGCCGCAGAA